CCAAAUAGGCUAGAUAAUAAACUUGAUAAUAUACUUAUGUUGGAUCUCAAGUUCAAAAACAUAAUAUUGAGCUUGAGUUUGGGCUUGAUAUUGAGCUCGAGCUUGGCUUGACCAAUGAAUCAAGCCAAGCCAUGCUCAAACUUUUAUGCUUUAUAAUAAGCUCAAACUUGAACAUUAUUUGUAAACUCGUAUCAAACUCAAGCCAAGCUUGAACAUUCUAUUUUUGCUGUCAAGCCGAGUUUGAACAUUCACUGUUCGACAAAACUCAGUUCGUUUACAGCCUUACUAUUGAAUGGUCAAAACAAAUUUGUUCAUGUUCCCCAUCCCCCUCCAAAAACAUAAAAUCUUGGUUUGUCCCAAAGUUCUACAAGAGGCAUUUGCUCAUGUUGGUUUAUAAAAUAACCAACUGAAUGAAACAUCAAUAUGUUUUUUUCAGUCAAAAGGUCAAACUCGCGCUCUUUGUUAACAGAGAUCAAUUUUAUUUGUUUGAGUCGUUUUCAACAAUGAGGUGAUAGGCUAUGAUAAUUAGAUAUAAACAAAGGCUUUUGAACCCACUUUAUGGAAAACCACUUUAUGCCUGGUCCAGGCUCCAAGAUACCAGAUCAUGAGCUCUAAGAUUUCAUGCCCACUAGUGAAGUUAAUUCAGAACCAACCUAAAGGCUAAAAGGGAAGGGAGUAAAGGGCUGGAAGUUCCAACAUAGCUGACUCUAGAAUGCAGAAUUUCAGCCACAAGAAUAAUCACCAGUUUUGUUCAUUCCAUGGAAUAUCACAAAGCCAUUGAAACCACUUCAUUAUUUUCAAAAGCAAACAUCCUAUAGUGUCAUAGCAGCUAUUAAUGUUGAUUUCACUAAGCACAGCUUUUCCCUAUCUUGAAAGAUUCCAAAAGGUAACAAAGUGUAAGCCCCCCAAGAACCUUUUGCCCCACCUGGAACACGGCUAACCACAAGAUUGUGGAACAACCUAUCUCAGCCACCAAAAAGCCUCAACACUAUUCACUUUUAUGGUUCUCUCUUUACCUUUCUUGCUCACAGUUUCCCCCUCCCUCUCCUGAAUAAAUAAGUUACAGAUAGAAGAAGCAUUAGAUAAUAAAGAUAUUCGCUCCCCUUUCUUAAAACAAGUAUGUUCAAUGUGGAUUCUGUUGGAGACGGGUAUCCUUGCAACUGGCCGCGUACUUGUGAUGCAUGUCAUGCAGCAGCCUGCAACCUCUACUGCCAUACUGACUCAGCUUACCUUUGCUUUAGCUAUGAUGAAUGUAUUCAUGCUGCGACUCCACAGGUUUUGCAACACCAUCGUGUGUUGGUUUGCUCUGAAUGUGAGAAUGCCCCAGCAGCUUUCACCUGUAAGGCUGAUGCAGCAUCACUCUGUAUCAGUUGUGAUGUUGAGAUACACUCUGCCAACGCAAUAGCCUGCCGUCACAACCGGGUUCCAGUAUCCCCUCUAACUGGUCUAGUCUACGCGUCAUCAAAUAUCUACUGCCACUGUGAGCUGCCACAGCUGCCAGCUCCAAUGUUUGAUGUAGGAAAUGACAUUGUUGCUUAUAAAACCAAUGGGGAAAUAAAUGAGGCUGAAGCAGAUUCUUUUCUGUUGCUUGAUCCUGAAAACACAAAGAAUCAGACUAACAGUGAAUUAAUGAAUAGUGAGGCAGUUGAGUAUUUGGAACCUGUUGAGUAUGAUUCAAGUACUAAGUUACAGUACCAAGAUGAGUACUCGCAGCAGCAAUCAUACAGUGCUCAUAAAGGGAAAAAUAUAAGUGAUAUCAUUGUGCCAGUUCCAUCAGUUGAAGUGCGAAAAAUACAAGAAGAAGAAGAAGAACAUAAUAUUUCCUUCAAUGGGGAGUAUGAAGCCUCAAGAGCUGCUUUUAUCAACACUCCUUCAAGUAGUCAAAAGCGUUGCCUUGUCCUUUAUGAGUGAUGGCAUUUCACUAAAGGAAACAACUAGCGAGUUCUCAUGUUCUUAUACCAGGUUUCAGAGUGGGACAACUGAACUAUUGCAGAACAAUUCACGUGUGAUGCCACUUCAAUUAACUCCAACGAACCGGGAAGCAAAGGUCCUUAAAUAUCGAGAGAAAAGGAAAGCAAGGAAAUUUGAGAAGAAAAUACGGUAUGCAUCUAGAAAGGCCUAUGCAGAGACCCGACCCCGAGUCAAAGGCAGGUUUGCGAGAAGAACAGAUAUAGAGCUGGAAGAGGAUCAGUUGAUCUCAAUAGAAGAAUAUGGCUAUGCCAUUGUUCCUUCAUGCUGAAGUCAAAUAAGAAGAGAAGUAGAUUACUAUACAGUGCAAUAAUUGAAUUAUUAGUUCUGGUGCAAUUAAUAUUGUCAUUCCAGAAUUUCCCAGUACAUUAACGGUAAUAGGACUGUGUUCUUAAGAAUUUUUUUUCUCAUUAGCUCUCAAGUCUUGGCAUAGAAUAGACACCAGACUUUCUUUGAACCGAGGGACCGUCAAAAGUCAAACGGCAAGAAGUUUGAAAAGUAACAGUACAGCAGUACUAGUAGAAAUCAUUGAGACCACUGAUGAAAUUGUUUGAAAUUUGAUGAU